AUGGAUAUAACGUUGGAUUUGAAAAAAGAAACUGUCCGAUCAAGACUAAAUCUUAAUGGUAGUUUGAUGAAAGUAUCUUCUUUUACGUUUCCUCCAUGGAUUGUUGGACAACAAAUAGGAUCAAAAUUUAUUGUAUUUGAUGGUUCUUUAUAUCAAUUACUUCUAUUCAUGGCUAAUUAUUUUAAUUUUACAUAUGAAUUUCAACUUUAUCAUAAAAUAGACUUAAGCAAGGAUGCUAAUGGAAAUCAUUCAAAACUGAUUGGAUCAUUAUUGAAUGGUGAAAGUGAUUUUGCUUUAGGCAAUUUUCCAAUAUUCUAUCCAACUAUUAAUCCAUUAGUUGAAACAUCCGAAAUAAUAAGUAUAAAUCGAUUGACAUAUAUUACAUUGCUACCGGAACCUGAAGAUGUUUAUCGUACAUUAUUUACACCAUUUGAUUCACAAGUUUGGUUAUAUUUUAUUGUACUCGUCUCAUUGCUUCAACGUGGUGAAUCAAAACAUUACACCUCUCAAAGUAAUGCAAUGAACGUAUUAAUUCAACUAUGUUGGUGGUUUGGUUUUAUUUUGAUUGCAUCAUAUUGAUCUAUUAUUGUUUCUUCACUUAAUGAUCAUAUUCGUUUUGCCGAAAUCAAUGAUUUAAAUCAUUUUAUUCGCUUGAUUAAAAAUGAUUUAUUAACACCAUUGAUUGGGCAUACUGGAAUGUAUAAUUAUUUUAUUGAGAAUCGAAAAACUCAAAGUAAAAUUUACGAAAUUUUAUCAAAUCAUAUGUUAUUGACACAUAAUUAUAACGAAGCUUUUCGAAUGAUGUUUCAAGCACGUGUAGAUAAAAAGUCACAACAACAUAUGCAUGCAAUUAUUGGUUUUGAUGUUUAUCUCGAAUUAUGGACUAGAAAUUUAGACCAACGUAUUUUUGCUGUUCAUGAUUCGGAUAAAUCAACAAUCAUCAAAGAACCUUAUGGAUUAUUAUAUCGAGCUAACUAUUCAUACGCGAUAUUUUUCAAUCAGUGCAUUAUAGUUGCACGAGAAUUGGGUUUUUUGAAUAAAUGGAUGUCAAAAAAAUAUGAUUGGCCAUCAAAUAUGAAAGAUGCUUUUGAACCAACAUUACCGUUACAACAAGAAUUAGAAAAUGAAAUUCUUUCCGCUAAGGAACAACAAAUAACAAAAAUAUUAAUAUUUGAAAAUGUUGAACAAUUUUCCCAAACCUAUCGAUUUAUUGGAAUACAUAAUAAUCUAAAUGAUUUACGUCAAAAAAAAUGA